CUGUUGAUUUUGAAAUUGGCCCUUUGACAUAGGAAUUCCUAGGUUCUAGAGUUGGAGUUGUUCCCUACAUGCUGGUUCUGUUUGUUGAUGAUCUUUUAAAUUAGCUUUCACUUGCCAUCCAGUAGAAGAAUUUCUCAACAAGUAAAUGGGAGGGAUUUUGAGUGAAUGUAGUAACUUAUUAAACCAGCUGAUUAAGGUUAUCAUCAAUUCCUGUCUCCCUCUCCUUCUUUAUUCCUUUUUAUUUACAUUUCUUUUUUGGGUUUGUUCUAUAACAACAUAAUUAGCCAAUUACUCAGAAUAUUUGAAAUAGCUAACAAAAAAUGGUGAGCAAGGGUUUUUAUAGUACUUUAUACAUCAGCCAACAGUGACCUGUGCAAAAUAUUCCUUUCUGCCAUAUUUGAGCUUUGGAUUUUUAAUGAAUUGCUAAUCUAUAGAAUAAAUUUCCUCUUAGUGGCCAUCAGAAUCUCAAAAGAGCCAAAAAGUAGUAUUCUUUGCUGUCUAGGGCUAUGAAUCAAUUCCUUCCAUUGUUUGAUUUAUUCAGUUAUCCUGGUUUGCAUUUUAUUUAAUGAUUGUUUAUAGUUAGAAGCUAAUUGAGUGACAAUUCUUAUGAGCUACAGAAACUUGGAGACAUCACAGAGAUGACCUUUGGUGGUCGAUAUGUUAUAAUGAUGAUGGCACUGUUCUCAAUUUAUACUGGUUUGAUCUAUAAUGAGUUCUUCUCUGUGCCAUUUGAAUUAUUUGCAAAGUCAGCAUAUACAUGCCGAGAUCUUUCUUGCAGGGAUGCUACUACAGUUGGUCUGAUUAAGACUCGGGACACUUAUCCAUUUGGAGUGGAUCCUGCAUGGCAUGGCACCCGCAGUGAGUUACCAUUCCUCAACUCCUUGAAGAUGAAAAUGUCGAUCCUGCUAGGGGUGGCCCAAAUGAACCUUGGGAUCAUACUAAGUUAUUUCAAUGCAAGAUUCUUUAGAAGUAGCUUGAAUGUCUGGUUUCAGUUCAUUCCUCAAAUGAUAUUUUUAAAUGGGCUGUUUGGCUACUUAUCAGUCCUUAUCAUCAUAAAAUGGUGGACUGGUUCACAAGCUGAUUUGUAUCACAUAAUGAUAUACAUGUUCCUAAGUCCAACUGAUGAUUUAGGAGAAAAUCAGCUUUUUCCUGGCCAAAAAACAGUUCAGCUUGUUCUAUUGCUGCUGGCCCUUGUUUCUGUACCGUGGAUGCUUCUUCCAAAGCCUUUACUUUUGAAGAAGCAACACCAAGAGAGGCACCAAGGACAAUCUUACAUGCCAAUUGAAGGCACAGAGGAUAGUCUUCAAGCAGAGGGAAACCAUGAUUCCCAUGAUCAUGAAGAGUUCGAGUUCAGUGAAAUUUUUGUACAUCAGCUCAUACACACCAUAGAGUUUGUGCUUGGGGCAGUUUCAAACACGGCUUCAUACCUACGUUUAUGGGCUCUUAGUCUUGCCCACUCAGAGUUAUCGAGUGUCUUCUAUGAGAAGGUCCUCAUGCUUGCCUGGGGGUUCAACAAUGUAAUUAUCCUAAUUGUCGGCAUCAUUGUCUUUAUUUUUGCAACUGUUGGUGUGUUGCUAGUGAUGGAAACUCUCAGUGCAUUCCUACAUGCUCUGCGUCUUCACUGGGUCGAAUUCCAAAACAAGUUCUAUGAGGGAGAUGGCUACAAGUUCUACCCGUUCUCGUUCGAGCUGCUUAAUGGUGAAGAGGAUUGACACAGCAGAUUGAAUUAUAGCUGUUCAUAGUCGAGAAGACGGAGUAGAGUGACUGUUUAGUUGCGGAAGCAUGUUGAUUUUUUCAUUUGAACAUGAUUCGGAUAGAAUUGGGAUGUAUGUAUGUAUGUACCGUUAUAUGGAGAUUUGAGGAAGCUUCAUGCUGCGCCAUUCCCUUCCAAUUAUUGUUUGUUUUUCGGAAGGAAUAAGCAGGUUUUCAAAAAUUUGGCUGGUGGCUUACUGGCUUUGUAUGUGGUUGGCUGUUUAUGUCCAGGUGUAAUAAGAAACAUUUAAUUUAUUCAAACUUCCAA